AUGGAAGAUCAUUUUCCAUUCCAUGACUGGUAUGAUUUUAAAAUCCAACUUAGUGGUCGAUUUGGUUCAUCAAUAGCUAACAACACGUAUCAGAAUUUUUUGAACCUGAAACAAGAGAGUUCCGUAUUAGAAUAUAGGGCAGAGUUUGAAUGACUCUCAACUUAUCUUCUGAACAUACCAACAGAAAUAUUGGAACAUAUAUAUCUGAAAAGACUCAAGCUUGAGAUCCAAUCAGAAUUAUCUAUGUCCAAGCCUAUUGGGUUACGUGAAAUUAUGGAUGCUUCAGUACAAGCUGAAGCUCAUAUCCAUACUCUAUGGCAAGUAUGGAAGUAG